AUGGAUCCUUUUAGGGAACUAGGAGGCUCAAGUGCUAUCAAGGAUAUGACCAAUUUCUCGCUACAAAAAUUCAACACACUUUGGCUCUCUCUCCGUGAACAUGUCCUCGCUUACUACAACGUUGGACGAGGAAAGCGAUCCGACGUCAAGCCGAAGGAUGCAUUCUUCAUGACGCUCGUGAUGCUUAAGGAGGGUGGAACUUGGGACAGCAACACAAAGCGGUUUAAACUGGCAACAACAACUUUCACUGAUGUCGUCACUAAGUUCAUCAGGAUGUUGUCUCCGAGGGUCUAUGUAGACCUAGUAGAGGAGCGCUGUGACGAAGCUACUAUGCGCAACGCACGUACCCGGGGCACGACCUUUUCACACUCCCCCAGUGCGUUGUACGCAGUGGACGUUACGUUCCAACAGAGCUGGCGACCUGGUGGCAGUAUUGCCGAAAAUGGCAAGUUCUACAGCGGCCAGCAUGGACUGUACGGCCUGAAAGUUGAGGUAUCGGUUGAUAAACGUGGGUUUGCCAUCAACUGCUCACAGCACGCGCCUGGGGCUACGCACGACAUCACAAUUUUCAAGGGCAACAAGGAAUUCCACAAUGUUAAAAUGAAAAAGCUUCCAGGCGACGAGAUGCUACCAGACGACUGCCCUCUUGCUGAGGUUUUUCCUGCUGAGUGGGCUAUUCUAGCCGACAAAGUAUACCAAGGAAUUAGCUCCUUUCUGCGGCAUCCUUCCCAAAAAGGGCCGAAACAUCAGUCUCGCGGAUCUGUCCCACAACGAUAA